UGGAGAUUGGAUAAAAAAUAUCUAGCAAGAUAGCUUACGAUGGAUGGUGAAUUGUAUUAUGCUGCAAUUGAUGGAUUAAGCGACCACAAUCUGUUUGGUGAUGUGGACAACAUCAGAUCCCGCGGCCAAAACAACACUAUUCUUCAUAUAGCCGCUAAAUCUGGGAAGCUAAGGCGACUUGAAGAAGAUGAUUAUCUUCUGCGUUUUCUUUAUGAGCAAAACAAUGAAGGAAACACUCCACUUCACAUUGCAGCAAAACUAGGGCAUCUGGACACUGUAAGAAUUCUAGUGGAAAUGGCAAAAAAGACAGAUGUUGAGCAAAGCAAGAGUCUAUUGACAUUGAAGAAUAAUAAGAAAGAUAUAGCGCUCCAUGAAGCUAUUCGCUAUAAUCACUUGGAGGUUGUCAAGUUACUAAUUAAAGAAGACCCUGAUUUGGCAUCCAUAGUAAAUGGCGAAGGAGACUCUCCUCUUUUCAUGGCGGUGGAUAGACGCUUUGACCAAGUGGCCCUGCAUAUCCAAAACAAUGCUCCAAAGUGCUCUCGCCAAGGAAGGAAUGGCAUGAACGUCUCGCACGUAUACACCAUUCGCUCCAAAAGACGCCAUGUGUCUUUAACUUUGGAAGAGAGGUUUUCAGUAUCGCCGAGUGUUUGGAUUAUGCUGCGAAGUGAUGGGAUUAUCGAUUAUUUACUGUCAAGCAAAAUCAUACGUAGAUUUUUCUCCUCACGUGACAUCGAAAAGAGAGAUGAUGGGUUUCAGGCUCUGGAAAAACAACAAGCUUCAGAACUAGAACAAGCUGAUGAUUUUGGAUGGACUUCUCUUCACUAUGCCGCACAUAUUGGCAACGCGGUACUUGUUGAACAAUUUUUGCAGAAAGAGAGUAAAAGCCUUCCUUUCUCAAAGAACAAAGAAGGUAUGUCUGCCCUUCACAUUGCAGCAAAGAAAGGACAUGAUGCUGUCAUUAGAGUGCUGAUGAAAAGCUGUCCAGAAGUUUGUGAGUUGUUGGAUAACAAUGGUCGGACAGCUCUUCAUAUUGCGGUGGAAAGUAGAAAGGUAAUGGCGGUGAAAUUUCUCCUAGAUCAGGCCAUGGCAUUUCAGGAUCUUAUAGAUCUCCAAGAUAACAAAGGAAAUACAGCUUUGCAUGUAGCCGCUACUGUAGGAGAUUUCCAUAUUUUAAGAAUUCUUACAAAUGACUCAAGAAUUGACAAAGGAGCUACAAACAAGGACAAAAUGACAUUUGUUGACAUAAUCCUAUCAAGCAAGGAACUACAGGAUACUGAAAUUUUGAAGAUCAUGGUGGGUUUGGAGAUAGAAAUUGUUUUACCACCAGUGGAUACAAGAAAAACAAAUAAAGCAGAGAGUAAGGAAAAUAAAAAAGAUGAAAUACAAAUUGAAGAAGACGAAGCCGGCUGUAAACAGCAAAUUAAUGAAGCAGAGAGUAAGGAAAAGAAAGAAGUUGAAAUACAAGUUGAAGAAAACAAAGAAGCCGGCCGGAACCAGCCUGAAAAGAUGGUAAUGGUAUCAUCAGACAAGAAGGAGCUGUCUAAAAAUGAAGGAGGAUUUGAAAAUAUGAUGAACGAUUUCACCAACCUCAAUAUACUGGUAGCAACAAUCAUAGCCACCGCCACUUUUGCGGCCGCUUUUGCAAUGCCCGGUGGUUACAACAACCAAGGGCUACCAGUUCUCCACAGAACUAAAGAAUUCAAACGGUUUCUGUUUUAUGAUCAAUUGGCUCUUUCUCUAUCUACUGCGUCCUUGUUGCUCCACUUUUUUCUCACGCUAUUAGGAAAAAUAUUCACAGCCACUUUAUUCCCAGUUGCUUUGACAGGAUAUCUUACAGGAUUCGCACUUUUUGCCAUGGUUUUUGCCUUUGACCAAGGCAUAAAGACAGUCAUCCCUAGAACAGAGAACCACGAGUACCUCAAGGAUGUAGAUAUAAUUACGACUCUCAUCAUGUUUAUUGGCUUCUACGUCUUUGUUUUUUCUUCUUCUCUAUUAUUGGGCAACUUAUACGCAACAGCUAGAAGAUUUGCGCCUCCCAAGAUCGUCAGAAGUCGUUUUGGACUCUGGAGUUGAAACAUUAUAUUUAAAUUCAAAUUGCAUGUCAAUGAUGGAACUCCCUAUGUAAUGUAUUAGCCGUGCUGGAUAUUGUUAAGUACUUCCAAUGAACUCCACUAUUAGUUUUA